ACAAACCUAUGAGAUUUUGACAUUCCUGCUCCACGGGUAGUUCUCAUAUGUUCGAAUUAAAUUUAUGAAUUUGUUUAUAAAUUAUAUAAUACUUAACGUUACUGACGCGGUGAUGUAAAAUAACUUAUGGAAAAUUGCAUAGUGAAUGAAAGCAUUAAUAAUGAUUUUCUUUCGCAGUCUUAUUCGGAAGGUAUUGAAAGAAUUACCAGGAUGAAAGACAAAAUCUUUAAUUUUCAAAUAUCGGAAAAAUUUUUGGAAGUUCGAAAGAAAACUUGGGACACUUUGUUGAAUAAAUAUUCCAAGGAGAUGUCUGAUAUAGAGAUAAAUAUUGAUACUUUAGAACCUGUAGAAAAUGAAGAAAACAAAGUAGUUAGUGAAGGAGAGUAUAGUUGUGGACAGAGAGUACCUAUGCGUAAACCAGCAACUUUCGUACAGUACUGGAUAAAUACUGGUAAUCCACCCUAUAAGACUCUUCUAGAUGAGAACGAAUUAUCCGAAGCUGGCUCGUCUCUAAGCGAAAAAGAAAUUGCAUCUUUAUUAAUAUCUCCGGUCACAAAUGCAGAUAAGGGUACAAAAUGCAAAAAUGACUCGUCUUGCAGUUCUGUAGAUACUGCGGCUUACAUUCUAUCAAACGCAAAUAUUACAAAGAAAGCAGAUACUAUAGCUAUUAUAAAAGGUGCAAAAUGUGUCGAGGUUAAACCCCUAAAGGAAGUUGCUGUUAAAGAAAAAGAAGUUCCAUCCAAUAAUAAGAUUAAAUAUAUGGAAAUCAUCCCCAGAAUCAAUCGUUCGAUAACGCACAAAGACAACGAUAAUGAUAAUGUUAAUGUUGAUAGUUUGGAUACCGAACCGUAUCCAAUGUCUACAGAAUGUAUGACAGCAGACAUAUGUGGUAAAGUGGCUACUAGCACCUUAAUAUCUUCUAAUGCAAUACAGUCUAAUGUGUAUUCGCAGAGUUUAUUUUAUGAAGAAACAAAUAAAACAGAUGAAUCUAAUAUCAGUCAAAGAAAUUCAAAUGUACAGACUAUAGAUAAUAUUGCAUCCAUUUUACGACGCUUUAAUAAAACAUCGAAACGAUUGAUCGUAAACAAUAAAAAUAAUGAUGUGUCAGAUUUAGAUCAAAAUAAAGUGUUAGAGAUGGAUUUUCACAAGAAGCAAGUAUCAGAAAAUGAAAUGCAUGAAAUUAUUGCAAAAAAUACAAGUUUGACAACUCUCCAUCGUAAGAAAUUAUAUAUAGGUAGGGAUUCUCCUGUAGACCUAAUACUAACCGAAACACAUAGUGUAAAUAGAUUAUCUGGAGCAAAACAAAGUUUACAUCCUGCUUUAGAUCUUGAUGAUACAAUUAAAGGAGAACCAUUUUUAACUCGUAAAGGCAAAAGUAAACAUUCAUUCUCUGCUAAAACGAACCUCGAUUCUAAGAAGAUCAAGGAAAGAGAAAAAAGAAAACUCAAUUGUAUUUCCAAUGAAAUUAUUACAGAGAUUAGUAACAAGGAUAGAAAUGACAAGAUUCAAGAUACUACCAUUGACAGUUCUUUCAAGAAUUUAUCAGACUUUCAUGAUAAUUUGAAUAAACAAGAUGACAUUACGUUUCGGGAAAACAAUGACAUAAAUAUUUCUGUGAGAAAUGAAGACUUUAGCAAACAAAAUGUAGCAUCUCUUGAUCUAAAGCCAGUUGUAAUUUUAGAACGGAUUCAGUCUUUUAAUCGUUGUAAGCUCGGCGAAAAUACUCAUAUCAUACAAAAAGAAGAUUUAUGCAACAAAAAUUUAAAUAAAUCUAAAAAGUUACAUUCUUGCAAGAUUAAAAAUCUGGAAUCAGAAACGGUAGACAGCGACGAAAGUAUUCUUAUUUACCAAUGUAAUAUAAAUUCAUCGCAAUGUGUUUCGUCUUUGAAUGAUUGCUCUCUCGAUUUGAGACUGGAUGUUGAAGACGACUUUUCUGCUUCGAAUGCAGAAAAGAAAGAUGACAAACUAUCAAAUUUGAAAGAUACAGGUGUGAGACAUCACAAUAAGGAGUUACAUGUGGAAGGAUUGCCAUCAAAAAAUUAUUCAAAUGCAGCGAUGGAAUCAGAUAUUUCGAAUAAAACUAACGCCAUUUGGCAAAAUGUGUUAUCAAAUAAAUCUAAAACACAUUCCUAUUUACAUGAAAGAAAUGAUGUGGGUAACGUAAAACUGCGAGAAAUUAAAAUUGUAUUGGAACGAUUGCCAUUAUCAGUAAAAAAUUGUACAAGUACAAUGAUGGAAAUGCAAGUCUUCAAUAGAAAUAAUGCUGCUGUUUGGGAAAAAGGAAUAUUAAAUAAAUCUGAAACACAUUUUUCUAAUUUAUAUAGAACAACUGAGAAAGAUAAUGUAAAACUUCAAGAAAUCAGAGUUUUAUUGGAACGAUUACCUGCGAAUAUAUGCCUUAAGGAAAACAGCAAUGUUACAAAUAUAAAUAUUUUUCCUAAUAAAAAAAUUUCGCACAAUACAGAACUACAAACUAAUAAACGAGAAUCUAAAAUUAGGAAAAUUUCUAAAAGUUUGGCUUGUAAAAAUGAAGUAGCUGUUCCAUCAGUUCGUAAUAAUUAUUCAUCGAAGAUGAAUGUCAAAUUCAAGAAAGAUAACGAUAAAAUAAAUGAUACAUACGAUAUUGUCACACAACAUGGAAGCCUAGUUUUUGAUAAAGUAGAGUCAGAGUUUACAUUUCAGAAUAAAACAUUUCGAUAUAAAAAUUGUAGUAAAGCAAGUCAAGAUGACCGUGGUAAAUAUUCAAUUUUAACAUUUACAUCGUCAGAUGAAGAUGAUUUUGUUCGAUCAAUACAUCCUAGAAAAAAAUCAAAAGUGUCAACUAAUGAUAUAUUAGAUGAACCAAAUAAUAUAAGUAUCGCCGAAAAAGAUUUGUAUGAUCAGACCAAGUUGGUUAUUAGCGAUAAAGACAAAUAUAGUUAUAGGAGAAAUUUAAGUACGGUAAUUCAUUCGUCGGAAAAAAUUGUACAAAGAGACACUGGUUUGAUAAAAAAGAAAAAAGAACAUAACAACAAUGUGCAGACGAGAACUACUUCCUUAGAGUUACUUAGAAAUAAAAAAUUUGUAUUUUCCUCAAGUGAAAGUGAUAAUGAUAAUGUUGCUGAUAAUUCAAAUAAAGAUAAGAAAAAAAUUUUGUUCUUUGAUAGUAAGGAAAAUAUAAGUAAUAACAGUUUAAGGCAUUCAAAUGGAGCAAUAAAAAAAAAUGGAAUAGAUUGUAAAGAUAACGCCCACGUUAUAAUCUUCCAAACAAAAACAUUUGACACAAACUCUUCAGAUUCUGAAGAAAGUAAUAAUUAUACUUCACCUACUCGUAAAAUGUUAACGAAUUCUAUUCACAAUAGAUUGCGAUAUCAUGAUAGUAUCAAUUCAAAAGAAAUCUUUAAUGAUUCUCUUGCGAAGAAGUAUAGUAAAAGACAUUUAGGCUCAUUAAAUUCUUCUCUUGAAAAGCACAAUCGAACGCACAAUGGAAAAACUAAAUUUAAAUCAAUCAAAGAAGUCAAAACGAAUAAACAAUUAGCUAAAGAAUCUAAUAGCGAUAUUAAGUUGAGAAUCGAUGAUACGAGGAAAAAUGCAUCUUUCUCUUCUCUUAUAAACAAUAGACCAGUCACAUCUGUGCAAAAAACAAUAUUAUCAAAUACUUUGGAAAUACUUGAGGAAACUAAUUUAUCGAAAAAUAAAGAGAUCUCGGAAAAAUCUAAAAAUUCAGUGGCUAUUCAGCAGAAUGUUAUUACAUCUACAGUAAGAAAAUUGUUAACAUUUCAAACGAAAAGUUAUUACGAUUCUUCUGAUUCAAGUGAAACUAUAUAG